AUGUCGUUUCUUGAAUUCUAUUGUCCCAACCCUUUGAGUCGACCAGUUCCCGACGAUCUUCUUAUCUUUGUCGGCCUUGGCCCGGUACAUGCAGCCUUAGGAACAAAAACCCCUUCAAGCCAUCUAUUCCCCACUUGUUUAUCCACUACUCGAUCGAUAUUCUUCGACGAUCUUCUCAACGAUAGGAUCCUCGAAUUAGCUCGACCCGGUAGUGUUCAGCCUAGAAAAGCUCAUCGGCCCGGCUCCGGUUCUUCUCUAUCCUCGUCGAAGCCACCCCUAUCCCUUUUCCUGGUCGAUCCACCCACUAUUCCCUUCCUUUCCUCUCCUCUCAAUGAUCUUUCCGCCUUCGCCGGCCCCGACCCGGUAGUGUACAAGCUAGCAAUCGUCUUCUUUUCCUUUGUCCAAGCCUGGGCACUUCGCGGUUCCCUCCUUCCUUUUCGACUCCUCAGCUCGCCUUCCUUUGCUGACGGAUACUGGCCUUUUAUAUUCACUGCCCGUGUAUCGACCAUCAAAGGUAAUCCAGUUCCUCCCUCCUUUCUUAUGCUUAACUCUUUCAAACCUCAGGGGGGUCAAUGGGGUCCCCCAGGGAACACUCGACUUCGCCGCCGCUUCCUCGCAUUCCAGUCUCCAGUAUAUAAAGGGCCUCUCGAAUUGUCCUUCUCAACUUCUUCCCCAGUUCGACUUCCAACAGCGACAUCCGCAAGACUUCCCAACCUCGUCAUAUUCAUCACCAAAGCUUCCCCUUUUCUUCAUUAUUCCAAGAUGGUAACCACCCGUUCUAAAACUCAGGCCUCCAGCUGUCCACCUCAAGUCAACGAUGGCGCCUCGGUUAUUCGUUCCGGCUUCCAGGCCAUUCGCUCGGCCUCUACGGUUUCUCCCGCUGAACUUCACGCCAACAAGUUCAUGAUUUCCGGCCCGGCUCGCCCUUUCACCCCGGUGAACUCGCCAAAUGAGAAGAUCCCAAUCCCGGUUCAUCCUUCAAUCGUGGCUCCGACAUCAAGUCGUGCUGGCCAACAUUUCGAUCCUUCAUUGGAGCAAGCCGGGAUCAACUUCUAUCCGAUCCAGGGUCGUUGGUCCCCGGUUUUUACUCCCUCGGCUGGAAACUUCCCUCCCGGGCUCAGAAGCCCCGAUUUUGUUAAUCCUAGCUCCACCGACGGGAGCUCCGCCGCUGAUUCCGAAUCUUCCGGUUCCUCGAUCCAUGACGGUUUCAGCUCUGGAACCGAUUCUAAUUCCAGCGCCCCGAAUUCUGGCCCUCCUUCCAUUCCACAUUCGUCUGACUUUCCAUCCCCUUCUUCCUCCGACAUGCGCUCCGUUCCGCCCUCGGAGGUAUUUUACGCCACCCGCCCGAGACCACAACCUGUUGCCACAGGGUCUGGCAACUCCUAUGAUGACCCAAUGGUCGUCGACGACAAUUCCGCCUCCGGUUCCGAUCCGGACUCAGUUCCCUUUGGCCCGACCACCGAGUGGGGCUCCACGCAACAGGCUCGUCCUCCAACCAAUCCCGUCAAUCCCGGCCCCUCGGCUCAAGAAAUGAUGGACUUCGAUUACAAUACUAUUCGAAAUCGCCUUGUCGGUUCCAACCCGCAUCCAUUCGGCACUAAAGUUUAUCGUGAGGAAGACCUCCUCUUCAUGUUCCAACAUGUUGCCAACGAUUUCAUUCACUUGGCCAAUAAGUAUCCCGCCUCGACUCUCGGCGAAAUCGAGGAUCGCGUCCAGUUUUAUCAAAACCUUCAAUGGGUUUUCACCGCUGACCGCCAAGUCUUCUUGGCCACCCACUGCGGCUAUCCCUAA